CUCAGGGCGCCCCGCGAGCCGCGCGGACCCCAGCCAUGGAGCCCACGUCGCUGCAGGACUUCGUGAGCACCCUGGACCCCGCCUCCCUCCCACGCGUGUUGCGGGUCUGCUCCGGGGUUUACUUCCAGAGCUCCAUCUAUGAGAUCUCUGGGAACGAGUGCUGCCUGUCCACAGGGGACCUGAUCAAGGUCAUCAAGGUUCACCUGGAGAAAGUGAUCUGUCAGAACCCCGAGACUGGCCAGACCAUGGAACUCGCCCUCAACUUCCAGGGCCCCUUCAUCGCCCUCGCUGGUCCCCAGAGCUACAGAAGCCUGGAGGAGUUGGUCACGGCGGCCACUCAGAACUCCAAGAAGCUGCCCGUGUAUUUCAUGUCGAGCUGCAGCAUCAAAGUGAAGGCUGGGACGGUGCCUGCGGGCCAGGUGCUCAUGCUGGAGGCAGUGGACACAAGCUCCACAGCCCGCUACGCGCGCUGCGUGCAGGUUAUGGGGACAGAGCAGGAGGUGCUGUACCUGCCCCUGCCCCAGAGGGGGCCUUUCUGGGAGUGCAUGCCCGGGACCCCGCAGACCUUGCUCCAAGCCCUGCAGGGCUCGGUGUCCAGAGACCGUCUCUUCAGCUGCCCCCGUCUCCCCUGGAACCCGCUGGUCCUGCUGCCCCAGUUCGAGGUGCAGGCGAUCAUGCACAUGCGCAGGACUGUGGUCAGGAUCCCCUCCACCCUGGAGAUCGACGUGGAAGAUGUCACAAGUUCCUCCCAGCACGUCCACUUCAUCAAACCUCUAAUGCUGAGCGAGGUCCUGGCCCAGGGAGGCCCCUUCCCCCUGCCCGUGGAGAUCCUGGAGGUUCCUCAGGGGCCCCCCAUCUUCCUCAGUCCCUGGCUGAGCUCCUUGCAGAAAGGCCAGCGGCUCUGCAUCUACGGACCGGCCUCACCCCCAUGGCGGGUCCUGGCCUCCACCAAGGGCCGGAAGCUGCCCCGACACUUCCUGCUGUCUGGGGCCUACCGGGGCAAGCUGCGGCGGCGGCCCCGUGAGUUCCCCACCGUCUAUGACAUCCUGGGUGCCAUCCAGCCAGGCCAGCCGCUCCGGGUGGUGGCCAUGAAGGACUAUGAGGACGAGAGCUUGGAGAACCCCGAGUUCCCGUCCCUGUCUAUGGGCGACAGGCUGGAGGUGUUGGAGUCCGGUGAGGCCUAUGGGGCUCAGGACGGGGCCACGGAUGUUUUGGUGUGCCAGCGACUGAGUGAGCAGGCGGAGGAGGAAGAGGAGGAAGAGCACGAGCAGGUCCUGCUACCGCUCUACUUCCCAGGGCCUUUCGUGGAGGAGAUGAAUGACAGCCGGCGCUACAGCCUGGCCGAGCUCACUGCCCAGUUCCCACUGCCCAGUGAAGUCAAGGUUGUGGCCAAGGAUGCCGGCCACCCUGCUGACCCUCUGCUCUCCUUCCUGGGCCUGCGGCUGGAGGAGAAGAUCAUGGAGCCCUUCCUGGUGGUCAGCCUGGACGCUGAGCCUGGGGUGUGUUUUGAGAUCCCUCCCAGGUGGCUGGACCUGACCGUGGUGGUGGCCGAGGAACAGCCCGCCCCGCCAGCAAGGCCUGUGCCGGUGGCCUCCGUAGAGGAACUGACCGAGGCCUUCUAUUACCACCUGCGGAAGCUGCCCACUCACCAGAGUCACGCCCCUCCACCCCGGCCGCCCAAGCGGGGCCUGAGCCAGAAGAGCCAGAGCAAGGGGACCGACGAGAAGUCUCAAGACAUCCAAUCCCAGCCACUUGCUCUGCUGCCCAAACCCAAGAUGGACACCUGGCCCAAGGCCACCAAGGAUAGAUCCGACCUGUACAAUCAGAUUCCCGGCUCCAAGAAGGGCCUCAAGCCCACUAAACCCAAGAUCUUGGACCCAGACGCAGAUGAACAUGAUUAUGAAGAGAUCACCGAGCAAUUUCAGAAAACCCUCUAGGGGCCGGAGGAACCAUGCUUCUUGCCCGCCGGACUCCAGGACACCAGCUCACUCUCACAAGCCUGGAGCAGUCCUAGAUAAAGCCUCCGGGACACCAGACUGGUUUUGUGAGGACUGGGGUGAACUGGGGCCAGCUCCCCACAGGAUCCACUUCCUGCCGCAGACAGCUGCUUGUGCGGCCCCAGCACCUCAGACCUGGCUCCCUGAGCUUUGCGUGUGGGUAGUCAGAGGGGAAGACGGGCUCCCUCGAACACCAGCAUCCCCUCCAAAGGGUCCCGAGAGAACUCAGCCCUCCACAGCUCCUCCAGGAGAAGGGACUCCAUCCUGAGCUCAGCCAGCUGAGAACUGUUCUUGUUUGCCUCUCUUGCCCUCUUUCCCUUCUAAUCUUGCCCUCCCAGGCUCUGAGAUUAGAACUGUCUCCUUGCUCCCUGCCAGCCCUCGGCCCCGAGAGCCAUAGCGACACUCAGAUUUCACUCAGAAAUGAUAGAAUAGACACGACAGUUGAGCUCCUGGGGGAAGAUGUCGUGUCACCAAGUCCUGUCUGUGCCAGACCCUCUGUCCACCCCCGUCAUGAAACGCCCUACUCUGAGGUGACAGAGCCUCCUGCUAAAGCUCAGGAGACAAGCAGGAGAGGACAGGCGCUUAGCAGCACUGUGAGAGGCUCCCAGCUCACCUUCUGCUCAAGCUUCUGUUUCUUUUCAUGUCCUUGAAGCCAAAUUAACUACCUCACAUG